CGAUAGGUAGGCAAAAAGCAAAUGGAUCGGGAGCCACUCAGUAGCGGGCGUCUCCAUUGCAGCGCCAGAUAUAAACACAAGCGAUCGGCGUCAUCAUCGUCAGCGGGGACAACUUCAUCCGGACACAAGGAUCGCAGCAUCGAGUAGUUUUGACUGGCAGUUUGGAAAAAAAGGUUCAACUGUCAUAGGGCCAUUUCAUUUGGAUUUGCCCUCUCAGCCGAUUCAGCUGGUGCUCUUGCCAAGAAAGUAAAAACCAAAAAUCCUUCAAGCCGAUUUCAUUUCAUUUGAAGAAGAAACCAACCAACCAACCAACGAACAUCACUAUGUCUGACUACGAUUACUAUGGCAGUCGCCGGCAACAGCGGUCCUCCUCUCGCCGACGCUCCCGUUCGCGUUCAUCCUCGGGGUCGCCGCCACCGGAGCCGCGUCUUCGCUCCGGACGUUCGCCACACGAUCGCGAACGUAUGCACAAGUCUCGCGAACAGCCAAAAGCAAGCCGCUGCAUAGGAGUCUUCGGACUGAAUACAAACACCUCGCAGCACAAGGUCCGCGAGCUGUUCAACAAGUACGGACCCAUCGAGCGCAUCCAGAUGGUGAUUGACGCACAAACACAGCGUUCCCGGGGCUUUUGUUUCAUUUACUUUGAGAAACUUAGCGAUGCCCGUGCGGCCAAGGACAGCUGCUCUGGAAUAGAAGUGGAUGGUCGCCGUAUUCGCGUCGAUUUCUCUAUAACCCAACGUGCCCAUACCCCAACUCCGGGUGUGUAUUUGGGUCGUCAGCAGCGUGGAAAAGCUCUACGCUCAUAUUCGCCGCGAAGAGGACGCCGUCCGUAUCACGAUCGCUCCGCUUCGCCCCAUGACAACUAUAAUCGUGAUCGGUAUAAUUACCGCAACGAUCGCAACGAUCGUAAUCUCCGCAGGAGCCCUAGUCGCAACCGCUACACUCGCAACAGGAGCUACAGCCGUUCACGCUCCCCCCAACUACAUCGCACUUCAUCGCGCUAUUAGAGCGCCUGGGAAGGAGGCUAAGUUGCCCUUACUGGAUUGCGUCAAGCGGGCUGUAAAGGAGCAUACGACUGAAAUAUUGUGUUUUGGUGAAUCCCAUCCCAUUUAAUGCAUUUGGUUGGCGAACAGCUCACAACUAGACUAACUCUCAAAUUCAUUAUUCACCCAAAACACCUUUUAAUUAUAAUUAUUCGUUAACCAUUAUUAAUGCUGUACAAAAACGUAAAUUGUAAAUAUAAAAUCAAUUACCAACAUUACAUACAGAGGUCCGCAUAGAUUGUGAUAUGUAUUUUAAAGGAACUGCAGCAAACUGAUAAUGAUAACAUUAAACUAAUUUUAAUUAUAAAUGCAAUUGUGCAGCAGGUACAAAAUAAAAAUGAAUUUGUACACAAACUCUA